AUGAGAGUACCUACGUCCAAUUUCACCUUCUCUACGGGGUCUCCUGCGCAGUGCUUCACUCUGUCAUCCUCUCAGGAUGGCAGCGUUGAGAUUUCUUCAAACUCCCAACAAAAUACAGCCACAUCGAGAACACCGAGGAUAUCGCCUUCACCAACAAACCUGUUCCAGAAUCUGAAUCUCAGCGACACUUCCGCAUAUGCGAACCUGCGUAAUGCUUCACCCAGUCCCAGAAUUAGAAGUGUCUCAGUUUCCCGUUCAAGCAUCUUACAGAGGAAUCUCCGGUCUGUCCCUACCUCUAAUAGGGCUAGUAUUAUUAAUGGAGGUCUUUUCAGCGACUACAGAGAGCGAGUGGCUGAAUCGACAUCCUCCGGUGGUAGAACAGAGCGCCCUCGCACACAAGAGUCUGUUCCAGAGGAAGAGGAGGAUAAUGAAGACGAUGGCAUUACGCCAAGUCAAAUCUGCAUCAAUUUUGAGCAUAAUACACACAAUGUCCGCCAUGAGCCACUCCCCUCUGCCCCAAUCUACAAUUCUUGCUUGCAAGAUGGGUUAAAGGAUGUGAAGAACAGGCUCGGUCAUCUUGCACACACGAUGCAUCUUUCGGAGCUGUUAGAGACCCGAACAGCACUUUACAUACGCUUUAUCUGGAAACCAAAAAAGCAAGUGAAUUCAAAUACCCCGAAACACGCACCGUGGGGUUUAUCGGUGACUCUGGAGUUGAGCAGAGAUGGGUCAGCUUGCACCUGUGUAGUAGCAGAGUUUCGGAACUCGGAUGACGAUCACAGUCCGUAUACCAUUGAAGCCUUCUUCAUGAACACAAAAGAAAUGAAAGAACUUCUUGAAGAGCUCCUGCAAAGUGAAAAGCUUGAAUCGCUUUUCAAGAAUGAGCUGGAAAUGAGCCUCGAGUACCUCUCUCGUGAUGAGGAAGGAGCAGAGACUGCUAUUCUGGAACAGCUGCAGCGCUGGGCUUUGAUAGGACUCGCCCAUCGAGCAGGGGGACCAAACAGCUUGCAGUAUUCAAUUAUCAGUGGUGACAUGGACGAGUGUAAACAGCAGCUUGACACUCUGACAGCCGAUUUAUCCAGCACUAGGCCUGCACUGUGGCCCUUUAUUAAGCUGGUCAAGCUUAGUGAUCAUAUUCCCCAAGAUGGGUUCUUUUCUAACAAUCUAGCAGGGUGUAUAUUGAUUCGCCUAUCUUGCGUACAGGCUUGGUACUUGCCGAUUUGCCAGGUUUACGAGAUCUAA